UUGGUUUUUAAACCAUCUUGUUUCCCUUUAUCUGAAACAAGCUCUUUUCCCAGUUUACGAAACACAGCAAGUCCCAGCAUUUUGGACCGAGAUCCUUCUUACAGGGCCCACAGUGCCAUGCAGAUCCUAGACACAAAGUGGCACACCCCUGGCCUUCUUUUCAGAAGCCUGUGACAGCAACUGAACCUCUCCACUCCAAGACUGGAAUGCUGACAUACGCCUGAUACAAGAGGAAGUUUGAAUUGAUUGUUAAAUAUUUGAUCAGCAGGAGAAAGAGGAAGCAAUGCAAAACAAAACUACCCUCCAUGUUGCAGUCAGAGGACCAUCUCCUCUGGCAGGCCACGUCAGCCACAGCCAAAUGCAACAGGGUGUGUAAGGAGGCUGGUAUGCCAUGCUCCCUGGGUAGGCAGAAUGAUGCCCAUCCCCACAAGAUGGCCGUGCUGUAAUCCUGGAACCUGUGAAUCUGUGGCCUUCCAUGGCAAAGGGCCUUUGCCGAUUGCUGCUCUCCUGCCUCUGACGCAGGGAGCUAAGGUUCCAAUUAAAUCUCUGUGGACAAAGGGCACACAUGACAUCCUCAGAUAACAGGUGGCAAUAAAUCCAUCAGCACGUCCACUUUCAGAGAGGAGUCCCUGCUGAACUGCCAACAGCUGCCAAUACCUCACUGAGUCCCUCACACAAGGUGGGCUCUAAGAAUUUACCCCCUUUUCUGCAAAGGCUGCAGAAGACCCGUAACUGUAAGAGGAUCCUCCCUAAGAGCCUGGCAGAGAAGACGCCCCCGGCCCAGCCCUCACCAUGCUCAGGGCAGUUUGGGAUGCUCCCCAGCAGUUGCUGAAGAAGGGGAGAGGGUCCCCGAAGCUGGUGCUGCUGGUGGUGUUUGUCGCCCUGCUCCUGGACAACAUGCUGCUUACUGUGGUGGUGCCCAUUGUGCCCACCUACCUCUACGCCAUAGAGUUCAAAGAUGUCAACACUUCUCUGUACCUGGGCCCAACCACAACUACCCAGCCUGCCCUCGCUUCUGCCUUGUCCACCAUCUUCUCCUUCUUUGAAAACAACACCGUAGCCGUCGAAGAAAGUGUGCCAAGUGGCACAGCGUGGACAAAUGGCACUUCUGGCACUACCCCCCCUCCUGUCACCGAAGCCAUCGCAACACAUGAAAACAACUGCUUUCAAGGCACAGAAUUCUUGAAGGAAGAGAACAUAUGGGUCGGGGUUCUGUUUGCUUCCAAGGCUCUGAUGCAACUUCUGGUCAACCCAUUCGUGGGGCCUCUCACCAACAGGAUUGGAUAUCACAUUCCCAUGUUUGCUGGCUUUGUUAUCAUGUUUAUGUCCACAGUUAUGUUUGCUUUUUCUGGUACCUAUGCUUUGCUCUUUGUGGCCCGAACCCUUCAAGGCAUUGGAUCUUCAUUUUCAUCUGUUGCAGGUCUUGGGAUGCUGGCAAGUGUCUACACUGAUGACCAUGAGAGAGGGAAGGCCAUGGGAAUUGCCUUGGGGGGCCUGGCUUUGGGGGUGCUGGUGGGAGCGCCCUUCGGAAGUGUCAUGUAUGUGUUUUUCGGGAAGGUUGUACCCUUCCUCAUCUUGGCCUUCCUGGCACUACUGGAUGGAGCACUCCAGCUUUGCAUCCUGCAGCCUUCCAAAGUCUCUCCUGAGAGUGCCAAGGGGACUCCGCUCCUCACACUUCUCCAAGACCCUUAUAUCCUGGUGGCUGCAGGCGCCCUCUGCUUUGCCAACAUGGGAGUGGCCAUGCUGGAGCCCACACUGCCCAUCUGGAUGCUGCAGACCAUGUGUCCCCCUGAGUGGCAUCUAGGUCUGGCUUUCUUGCCAGCCAGUGUGUCCUACCUCAUUGGCACCAACCUCUUUGGCGUGUUGGCCAACAAGAUGGGCCGGUGGCUGUGUUCCCUGGUUGGGAUGGUGAUAGUAGGUACCAGCUUGCUUUGUGUGCCUCUGGCUCAUAAUAUUUUUGGUCUCAUUGGCCCCAAUGCAGGGCUUGGCUUUUCUAUAGGCAUGGUGGAUUCCUCCAUGAUGCCCAUCAUGGGGCACCUGGUGGACCUGCGCCACGCCCCUGUGUAUGGGAGCGUCUACGCCAUCGCCGACGUGGCGUUUUGCAUGGGCUUUGCUAUAGGCCCAUCCACCGGGGGUGCCAUCGUGCGGGCCAUUGGCUUCCCCUGGCUCAUGGUCGUCAUUGGGGUCGUCAACAUCAUCUAUGCUCCUCUUUGCUGCUACCUGAGGAGCCCCCCAGCCAAGGAGGAGAAGCUCGCAAUUCUGAGCCAGGACUGCCCCCUGGAGACCCGGAUGUAUGCAGCAGAGCCGCACAUGAGGGAGUUUCCUUUGGGGGACGACAGCGAUGCGGAGCCGGCCAGUGAGGAGUAGCAACAGCAGAAACUGGUCCCUGGGCAUUGUCACAUGAGGCUCAGGCGUCGGCGACCACCUCUGGAACCGGAUCACCAUGGGCUGUCCCCCAGGCAUCACUUCGCGCUCCCCUGGUGUCUCCUCUCCGCAGUGCCCCCCCUUCCCCACAACAACACACACACAGCCGGGCGGGGGGGGGGGGGGUCUGUUUCCCGGUUCUCCCCUCACCUGCAUCCCCCUAGCUCUCCCUCUAAGCAUCCAGGCUUCAGCUGGCUCAUCUUUUAGGGGAGGGCAGAGUCAUGCUUCCCUCUCGGCCUCUGCAAAGCUGUGACGGGUUCUGCAAGGGGUGACUCAUUCCGCGGAGGCGACAGUGAACACACACUGUUCCCUGAAACCAGUGGGGUGGCUGACACACCUCAUCUCAUCUGUUAUCUGAUUCGCUCCGGCACGUUCCCCACAGAUGGAAGUUUUGUCCUCUCUUCCCUGACGUGAUCCUAUCUGAGUUUUCCCAUAGGAGUUGAGAAAGCUUCCUGAAUAUUGAAUGGCUACCCAGUUGCCAAUUUGGGAAUUUUUGCCUGGUUUCUAUAAGGUGAAUUUUUUUUCCCCCCUGUGGCCAGACCUUCAGCUGCUGAAACAAUUCUGCCCUCCGUGAAAGGAGGGCUCUUUUUUUUUUUUUUUUUUCUUCCCCUUCCCGAUAUAAAGGGAAGGAGGCUGUUUUGCUCAUGUUGGAGUUACUGACAUGCUCGUGGUUUCCCCUGUAGGUUUUUUCUACCUUUUCUUAAAUUUCUUAGAUUCUUAGACAGAAAUUUAACGGAAAACACAGUCUGUUAGCUCUAAGAUUUUACAGGAAGGAGUGUUAAAAAAAAAAAAAAGUGCCCUGAAAUCCCUUCCAACUGCAGGUUUCCAAACAAGGAUUAUAAGGAGGCAUUGUUCACGUUUGCUAAUGAGCAAGUUAUUCCUUAAUUCAGUCAUGACAAACUAGAUGCUCUUACGGCAAAAGAGAGCGUGUGGGCAAAUACAGUAGGUACCAUAAGUAUUUUGACUCUUUUUUUUUUUUUUUACCUUUUUAAAAUCCUUACUAAGAGAUGAGGUUUCAAAGAGAUGGCAGACAUGGUACCCACACUUAAGUAGCUUCUCGUCUAUUUGGGCAAACUGGAUGUACAUCAAAUAAAAAUGAUC